AUGAUAGCCUACAUAGAGAGAUUUAUCCAAGAAAACGACGUCGUCGACUCCAAGGCGGAGCCCGACUCCGCCGAGGACGACGGGAGCGUCCCCGCCCUCCUCGACGCCGCCGACCUCCGCGGCCCCGUCAACCUCCGCAUCUGCAGCGCCCCCUCCGCCGCCGGUAGGGACUUCGGCGGCCUCCGCACCUCGAAGCCGCUCGCCGUCAUCUGUCCGGCAGACACCGACGACGUCGCCAAGGUCCUCCGGCUGGCCUCCCGGUCGCCUCACCUCACUGUGGCCGCCCGCGGCAACGGCCACUCCGUCAACGGCCAGGCCAUGGCCCACCGCGGCGUGGUCCUCGACAUGCGCAGCGUCGGCCCGGCGGCGAUCCAUGUGGACCCUGCCGCCGCCGUAGCGGACGUCAGCGGCGGCGCGCUAUGGGAGGACGUGCUGUGGCACUGCGUACGGGGCCACGGCCUCGCGCCGCGGUCGUGGACGGACUACCUCGGGCUGACGGUCGGCGGCACCCUGUCGAACGCCGGCGUCAGCGGCCAGGCCUUCAUCCACGGCCCGCAGACGGAAAACGUGACGGAGCUGGAGGUUGUCACCGGAAACGGCGACGUUGUGGUGUGCUCCGAGGAUCGGAACUCUGAGCUGUUCUUCGGCGUACUGGGUGGACUCGGUCAAUUCGGAGUCAUCACCCGAGCCCGGAUCUUGCUCCAACCCGCCCCGAAUAUGGUGAGGUGGAUACGAGUAGUGUAUGGCGAGUUCAGCGAUUUUGCACGGGACGCCGAGUCUCUUAUAACUCGGGCCGCCGGCGACUCGUUCGAUUACGUCGAAGGUUUCGUGUUCGUAAACAGCAACGACCCAGUUAACGGGUGGCCGAGCGUGCCGUUGGGUCCGGGCCAGGUGUUCGAUCCGGCCCGUGUUCCCCUGUCGACCGGGCCGGUUCUCUACUGCCUUGAGGUCGCUUUACACUACAAAAAUGAGGAUUCGAAUUCUGAGGUUGACAAGAGGGUGGAACAAUUGGUGGGGCAACUGAGUUUUGUGGAGGGACUGAGGUUCGAGGUGGACGUGGAGUACACGGAGUUUUUGCUGCGGGUGAAGCGCGUGGAGAAAGAGGCAAAGGCCAAGGGCUUAUGGGAGGCCCCACACCCGUGGCUCAAUCUCUUCGUGUCCAAAAGGGACAUGGCUGAGUUCGAUCGUGUUGUAUUCAAGGACACAUUGAGGCAUGGCGUCGGUGGCCCAAUACUUGUCUACCCUUCGCUACGCUCCAAGUGGGAUGAACGUAAAUCCGUGGUUUUACCACAAGGAGACAUAUUUUAUCUGGUGGCAUUACUCAGAUUCUGCUCUCCAUAUCCCAAUGGCUUAUCGGUGGCACAAAUGGUUGACCAAAAUCAAGAAAUUGUACAAGCCUGCACCAAAAACGGGUUUGACUUCAAGUUGUACCUUCCCCAUUACGAGUCAUGUGAGGGCUGGAAGAACCACUUUGGAGAUCAAUGGCCCAGAUUUUGCCGACGGAAGGCGGCCUUCGAUCCUGCGGCCGUGCUCGCGCCAGGCCAGAAAAUAUUCCCCAGAAAUUGGGGGCUCAAUGCUCAUGAUGAUAAUGUUCCUGAUUUUAAUUUAAUUUAG